GGGGAGAUAUAUUUCGAUGAAGAUAGACUAUAAUUUAAAGUAUAUUUAAAGAUCCUACUAGAAUCGGGGUAUAUAAUGGUAGCAUCAAGCAGUCAGGAAAACUCGAUUCUCCUCGAAUCAAGAAACGGAGAAUAUUCCACAUUGAAUCAAGAAGAAUUCAAAUCUCUCACUAGUUCCGCAAUAGACAUUGAAAAAACGAAGUCCUCGACUGCUCCGAAGCAACAAUCCGCAAAAGAGAGUAUAAGAAGAAAACUCACAGCUCGUGUGAGCCCAAUGACAAGGGACAAUGGCGAUAAUUUUGAGAAAGAGCUAAAAGAAGACACAAUCAAGAAAAUCAAGUCAUCGAAAAAUAAACUGGAGUCUUGGAAGCCAAAUACGAUAACAACCGAUGGACGACCAAUUACAACUCCUUCUAUUACGAUUAAAAAAGAAUAUGUAGAAGCUUCGCCAUGUCAGAGAAACAGGAGUCACCUCAGUAAUAGCAAACAUAAGAGUUGUGAUGUUAAAGUGGAAGAUGAUCAUCAACCUCAACAAAAAUUUCGAAAAUUACUUCCAGCUCUUUCUACUUCGAACAGCACUUUUACAGCAGCAAGUAACCCGCCCUUUCUUCCACCACUAUUUGCUUCAGAUCAAAAAUCAUUUGGAGCAAAUAUGCCAAUGAUGAGCCUUCUAACAGCUUCACAGGGUCAUCUUGCCACUCUUCAAGAUGAGGAUGGUGAUACGCCACUGCACAUUGCAAUUGCCCAGUGUCAAGUACCUUUAGUUCAGUACCUCAYUCAAAUGACACUAGCAUCUGGCAUAUCAUUAGAUAUUUACAACAAACUCAAACAGACUCCAUUGCACCUGGCAGUAAUAACCAACCAGCCAUCAAUCAUUAGGAUCCUUAUCAGUGCUGGUGUUGAUGCUAAUAUUCCUGACAGGAAUGGACAGACUGCUGUACAUCUUGCUUGUCAGAGAUCAAGUAUAGAGUGUUUAAUGGAACUUAUCAACUGCAGGCAUCCCAUUAACUUUGUAGCAAAAAACUAUAAUGGACUUACUCCUCUACAUGAGGCAGUUAUGUCAAACAGUCAAGAAAUCAUUCAUUUUCUUGUUGCAUGUGGAGCUGAUAUUGACAGUAAGGAUGGCAAAAGUGGUCGCACACCCCUACACUAUGCUGUAGAGAUAGAGCAUAUGGCCAUAAUUCAACUUCUGAUAAAUUCAGGUGCAAACGUGAAUGCUGCAUCAUUUGCAGGAAGUACGCCAAUUCAAGCAGCAAGUGGGCGUGGCAUGCAUGAGGUCACACGACUUCUAUUAGGUAGCAUUAAUGAAGCAGCAUGUAGAAAUACCAGCAGUACCAGUACGUCCAAUCAUAAGAUAAAAGGAAKUAUCAAGAAAAUGACAUGAUGAUAUGAGAUAUGUCAAUUUUCUGACAUGUUCACAUAUUGCUAGAUAUAUGAAUGAUGUGCCAUACAAAGCAAAUAUUUAAACACACACCAUGGCAGUGCAUGGCAGAAGCAGCUUAACAGUAUAUACAGGAAUUAGACUGAAAUGAUAACUAUAGUUUAGUGAAUUAGUGUUUAAUGUAGAGAACCUAAUAUAUUAAGUUAAAAUAAAAAGACAUGAAAGUUAACUUUUGCAUAGUAUCCAUGCUUCAAUCAGUUUUCCUUUAUAAGGAAGAGGAAUAAACCUCCAAUCAAGAAUCACUUGUUAUAAUCUAUCAAUGAGACAAAAAGAUUCAGUUCAACUMAAAAACGUUGUAUCAAGCCUCUAAACUCAUACUUAAAAACAAUGCCACCAAAUUUUAAAGAACACAAUCAUACAAUAAUUAUUUACUGUACAUAAUUUCUAUUACAGUCCUUUCUGCUCACUCUGUCUGCAUGAGAGCAUGCACUUCUUUCAUCACUGCACAUAUGCAACCAAUUCUAAGAAAUAAAAAAUGCCUGCACAUGUCUCUGUCUUCUGAUGUGAAUACAGAUUGUUUUAGUUGCUUCUUGAGUCUUGUAUAAUUAGCAAAGGGCAGGACACAAGCAGCCAUUUUAUAUUUUUUUUAACACCCAACGUUCAAGGUGAAGGUSAUAAAAGUUUGUUAUAAGCCAGUAGUACUGUCUGCAAAAUAUUGUAAAUCUAAUCUUUAAUACUUAGAUGAUAUAAAUAAACAUUGAUAUUUACUGGAA